UCCAAAUACAUACAAAAAACAUCAUUGUAACUAAGAAUAUUUCAACCAAAAACACAUCGAUCUAUAAGAAAAUAUGGCAGAUGUAGAAGAGUCCACUGCGCCUGCAGAAAUGCAAUCAAGAAAUGUUGUUUAUUGUGGAGUUUGUUCGUUACCACCUGAGUAUUGCGAAUAUGGCGGCACAGUAAAGAAAUGUCAAGAAUGGCUCGAAAAGAAAUAUCCAACCAUGUACGAACGAUUAUGGUCUGAAGAUGCCCUCGCAGCAGCAACCUCCACCCUCAGUGUCGAUGCUCAAAAACGCGCCGCCAAAGACGCCACCAAAAAAGCCGCCAAAGCCGAAGCACUCGAAGCCAAACAAAACGAAACUCUUGCAGCCUCUAAAAUCCGCAUCAAGCGCGUCGAGCGCAAUAAACGUAAAUACGUAACCGAAGUGCAGGGCCUCGAAGCAUUUGGACUCGAGCUCAAAAAGGUUGCGAAGGAAUUCGGAUCUAGGUUUGCGACGGGAAGUAGUGUGACGAAGAUUGCAAGCGGAGGACAGGAAAUCACGGUUCAGGGCGAUGUGAGUGAAGAUGUGAGGGAGUUUCUGAUAAAGAACUAUAAGAAUAUUCCGAAGAAAAAUAUUGUACUUGAGGAGCCGAAGAAGAAGAAGGCGGAGCCGGUGGAGGUUUAGAGGGAGGUUGGUGUUGAAAGAAACGAACGGGCGGGAGUGUGGAUUUGGUACGAUUAGCCGGGUUAGGAUUUGAGGAAUACAUAUACCAUUAUGAAAUUCGUUUUAGGGCACUGAAAUAUGCCUCAUCCUGCGUUAUACUAUAUAAUGUGAGAUUUGAUAGGAAGGGAGGGUUGGAUUCGAUAUCUCUGACUAAUAACUCCUUGAUUAGCUGGUAAUGAGUAUACAUAAAUUGGAAAAAAGCAAAAUAAUUGUAGAUUCCACGAAUUUCUUUAGGAGCCCUAGCUAUUAUAAACUAGAUUCUAGCCUCUGAAUAUAGAUCAUAUCAUAGACUUCAGAAGCAUGAGAGUAAAACAGG